ACACGCUCUUCAUCGCCAACUUCGCCGCCUGCACCUUUACCACCACCUCACCAACCUCACCGCGCGCGUCAUCAUGGCUGACUUCUUCGAUACCACUGCUGCGGUCGGCUCGGACGACGAGGAAGAGGAGUUCGAUGAGGAGACUGGCGAAGUGGUCUCCAAAAAACAGAAGCCAGCAAAUGGCGCGGACAUGGACGACUCGAGCGAAGAAGAGGAAGACGAUGAUGACGAGGAGGCGCAGCGCAUCCGCGAAGGCUUCAUUGUGGAUGAAGAUGAGGACGAGGAUGAAGAGGCCAAGCGGGAGCGGAGACGAGAGCGCAAGAAGCGACGACGCGAGGAGCGCGAGCACGAGGAAGAGCUCGACGAAGAAGAUCUGGAUCUGAUCGGCGAGACUCUACCUGACGAGCGUCGGCGACCGGAACAGCAGAGCAAGUUCAAGCGACUGAAGCGCGGCCACAGAGACAAUCGAGACAUUAGCGAAUCUCGGGGCGUGGAGGACAUAUUCUCAGACGAGGAAGAUGGUGAUGGCGACAUGGGUCCUCCCCGCCGCGCCUUUGGUGCCUACGACGACGAGAUGGACGGCUUCAUCGAGCAAGAUGAAUUCCCCGAUGAAGACGCUGGGCAAAUGGACGAGGACCUGGGUGUUCGCGCACCGCGUAGAGCUGGCGUACCGGACUUCAACAACCUCAAAGAUUCAGGGCUUGGCGAAGCAGAGCUCGAGGAUAUGAUGAAUGCUUUCGGCGACGGGCAGGAAUUCGUCUGGGCACUUGAAGCGGAGAAGGACAGAAAUGAAGAAUCGAUCGAUCCAGACAAGCCACUGGAGCUUAAGGACGUUUUCGAGCCGAGUCAACUGGAGGAGCGCAUGCUCACGGACAAGGACAACGAGAUUCGUCUCAACGAUGUGCCGGAGCGCUUCCAACUGGCCCGUGCGCCGUACAAGGACCUGAACGACUUGACGGAUGAGCAGAUCGCAGUUCGGAACGCCGAAGAAGCAAGCUGGAUCUCGAGCAUUCUGUUCCCCAGGAAGCGGAUGGAGCCAAACUUGCGAGGACCAUUCGAGGCUGCAGUCAAGCAGGUACUGCAAUUCAUGAAUGUGGACGACCUUGAGCCCGCAUUUAUCUUUCAAAACCGCAAAGAUUAUCUCAUCCACUCCGAGCAGGUGCCCAAUGACGACCCUAAUGGACCGCCCUUCACGAUCAAAGCCGAGAAGCUUCUAAACCAGACUGAUCUCUGGGACGUGUUUGAACAGGACCUGAAAUACCGGGCAUUUGCAGAGAGAAGAGACGCAAUUCAGAGGAAUGUCGAAUUGCUCAGAGAGAUUGAGCCUGACUUCAACGAUGAGAUUUUCAACGAUCUUCUUCCACUGGCUGCACAGCUGGACGAUCUGCAAGACUUGCAAGAUUACCUCAAUUUUCAAUACUCACUUCAGCUGAAGGACCUCAGCAUUGCUGAUGCAGAGGCGAAUGGCACACUGAAGCGCGCAGGCACUGGCGCUCGCACCCAAUGGGAUAAAGUACGUUCAGGACCAGCGUAUCACCUUGUUCGAGCCUUCGGAAUUACAGCAGACGGCGUAGCGCAGAACGCUGAGAAUCAAGCUGUUGGUCGACGACGAUACACGGAAGAUCCAGACCGCUCGCCUGAGGACAUUGCCGACUCACUCAUUCGAGAUCCGGACUACAAGACUGGCGAAGAUAUUCUCCAGUCAGCUAAGUCCAUGUUCGUUGAGGAGAUUCUGGUGAGCCCGCGGAUGCGUAGGCAUAUGCGGAAGAUUUACUACGACAAUCUGGUCUUCGACUGUCAUCGUACUGAGAAGGGCAUGAAGCAGAUCAACGAUCAACACCCCUACUACGAGUUCAAGUACUUGCGCAAUCAGGAAGUCCGCUACUUCCUCGUUGAGAAGCCGGAACUGUUCUUGCGUAUGCUCAAAGCUGAGGCAGAAGGACUCGUGAACGUGCGGGUCAAACUGCGCGGCGAGAAGCGCAUCAAAACAGAGUUGCAAAAGGCUAUCGAAUCCGACAACUUUUCAGCAGUCGCGGACGCGUGGAAUACGUUGCGACGAGAAGUCCUUGACACUGCCGUAACGAAGAUGCAUAAGAUCAUUUCAAAGGGCGUCAAGGAUAAUCUCAAGAACGAAUGUGAGAACAAAAUCGGUGGAUAUUGCCGAGAUGCUUUUACACAGAAGCUCGACCAAGCGCCAUACAAGCCGAAAGGAAUGGAACUUGGAACGUACGCCAGAAUUCUCGCUUUGUCACACGGCGACGGAAACCGCGGCGAUGCCAUCUGCUGGGCCUUUGUUGACGAAACUGGUGCUGUGAAGGAAAAUGGCAAGUGGGCUGAUCUUCGACCUGGAAAGGAAGAGAAGUACAUUCCCGACGGCAAGGACAUUGAGAACCUGAAGGAUGUGGUGCAACGUCGGAAUCCCGAUGUGAUCGCAGUAUCCGGCUUCUCUGUCGAGACGUACAAGCUCUAUCAGGACUUGAAGGACAUCGUGAGAAAGCACGAGCUCCACGGUCCUACAUACGAAGAUCCGGACGAAGACCGCGAGGUCACAGACCCGCUCGAUGUCGUGAUUCCGCAAGAUGAGGUUGCCCGCCUGUAUCGCAAUUCAGAUCGUUCUGCUAUAGAACAUCCUGGACUGCCACCCCUGACACGAUACUGCGUUGCCUUGGCACUCUACAUGCAAAAUCCGCUGAAGCAAUACGCGGCGCUCAAGAAGGACAUCACUUCCAUCACGUUCGAUCCCAACCAAAAUCUCCUACCUGAAGAUAAGUUGAGGCGAUAUCUCGACACCGCAAUGGUUGACAUUGUCAAUCUUGUUGGUGUUGACGUGAACGAGGCAGUCCACGAUCCGUACACUGCCAAUCUGCUUCCCUACGUUUGUGGACUAGGCCCGAGAAAGGCCGACAACUUGAUCAAAGCUGUGGGCCACAAUGGCGGCGACGUGGUCAACCGCUCUGACCUGGUUGGCGACCUGGACAGACAUCUCCGGCCAGCCGUUGGACCCAAGGUGUUCACGAACUGCGCCAGUUUCCUGUACCUCAUAUGGAACGACGACCCCGAGGCCGACUACCUUGACAACACGAGGAUACAUCCUGAAGAUUACGAUCUCGCGCGAAAAAUCGCUGCCGAUGCCUUGGAGCUCGAUGAAGAGGACAUCAAGGCCGAAACGGAUGAUAACGGCUUGGGUGCCGUUGUGCGUAGAUUGGUCAAGGAGGAUCAGCAAGACAAGGUAAACGAUCUCGAGCUGGAGCAGUACGCCAAGCAACUCGAGGAUCGAUUCCAGCAGAAGAAGCGUGCUACCCUGGAGACCAUUCGCGCCGAACUGCAAAAUCCCUACGAGGAGCUCCGACGAAACUGGAACUCGUUGACGACUGACGAGCUGUUUACCCAGCUCACUGGCGAAACCCGCGAGUCACUCAUGGAUGGCAUGAUCGUCCCUGUCUCGGUCAAGCGUACCUUCCAAGACCACAUUGAGGUCAAGCUCGACUGUGGCAUUGAUGGUGGCAUCUCUGAGACCGAAUAUCCAGAAGACAUGGUGCGGCAGCAAAUUGAGCCUCGUCGGAUGUGGUCCGCGCAUCAAGUCAUACAGGCCAAAUUGAGCUUCAUCGAUCGCAAGAAGUUCACUGCACAACUGACGCUGCGUGAGUCGGAACUGCGCAAGCCAUUCCGUCGCAACUUCGAUCAUGGUCUGGACGAGUGGGACGACAUGCAAGAAGAGCAAGAUCAGAAGGCGAUGAAGAAAGCUAUCGAGAGCAAGACUGGGCGGCAAGUGAGAGUCAUCAAGCAUCCAUUAUUCCGACCCUUCAACUCUCAACAAGCCGUCGAGGCUUUGCAGUCGCAAAAUCGUGGAGACUGCAUCAUUCGUCCCUCUUCCAAGGGAACUGAUCAUUUGGCUGUCACAUGGAAGGUUGCCGAGGGUGUCUACCAGCAUAUUGACGUUCUGGAAAUGAACAAAGAAAACGAGUUCAGCGUCGGCAAGGUGCUGAAAGUCGGCAAGGCCAACUAUUCAGAUCUCGACGAGUUGAUUGUUCUGCACGUGCAGGCCAUGGCGAAGAAGGUUGACGAGAUGACCAACGAUGAGCGCUUCCAGAAUGGCACGAAGGAGCAGACAGAGCAAUGGUUGACCACCUACACCGAAGCAAACCCCAAGCGUUCGAUGUAUGCCUUCUGCCUGAACCGCCAAUACCCAGGCUACUUCUACCUCUGCUUCAAAGCCGGCUUCAACGCACCUUUGGCCCACUGGGCUGUCAAGGUCAUUCCGCAAGGCUUCGAACUCAGAGGCAACAAGUAUCCCGACGUCAGAGCGCUCAAGAACGGUUUCAAGUUGAUCAUGUCGAACAUGGCGACACAGAAUGGUGGUAGGCGGUAGAGUAGCCUGGGACCAGACAGGCGAACAAAUAGAGAGGCUGAGAACUAUGUGGUGCUUACUUAGCGUUUCUUCCAGACCAUCGAGCAGAAUGCUGGCAUUGAACAUAGCGGGAACGAUGCAGCGCCAGGCAGCUAGGGAGCUGAGCCGCGAGAAUUCUUGGAAGUGUUUGUAUAACUAUCGAAGCUAGCAGAAGAGCUUCUCCCAUCUAUCAAAAGCGAAGACUUGGUCUCAUCAGAUGUCCUUUCCAUUACGACUUAUUCGAGUGAACGUAUGUUC